CAUGUAACAAUAUCCUCCUUCGACGCCGCAUUCGACAUUCGAUGUAUUACUACCAACCGAGCCCCAUUUCCAUCAAAGCUUCCUAUCAGCAUAGUGCGAGCACAUCGGCGUUGGAGGAAAGGACAACGGACGUCCAUGGGUUCAGCAACAUCUAGAAACAUGGUCAAUCUCCUCGCGAGACUGGCCUGGCUGCAGAGCAAUCUGCACUUGUACAACUACAAUAUUGCACUUCCGCACGGCGUUUUGGGAUUACAGGGUGAUGGCGGCCACCGAGGAGGCUCGGGGCAUUGUUUGAUUACCGGCGUGGCGCAGAGUGGGCUUUUGACCGGGGGCGUUACGCAACAGUUCUUUCAGGCGGCCUGGUAUUGGGACUAUCAACUUGGCGUGUACUUGUUUUCUGCAGCCACCGGAGACGCAAGAUGCAUGGGGUUUGCACGGUUUGCGUUGUUUGGGUUUGUGUUCCUUAUAAUCUUAGAUACCCCUGUUGCAGUCUUCUUCUUCUUCUUUGAGAGUGUGGAUGGAAUACAAAAACCCGUUCAUUGUGCUUCGAAUCGUGCACUGGUUGGUGUCUGCUAUGACUAUCUUGGGCCGAUAUAUGCUCGUUUCACGGAACAAUUUGGAGGAGACGAGUACUGCUUCGCUUUCUAAUUCGGUCUACCUCGUGCGUCCGAUGAUCUCAACUUGCAUGCUGUCAUUCUGCGUUGAGGCUGACUAUCGUGCAACUAG